AGGAAGCUGAUGUGUUUCCUCCCCCUUGCUCCAGCUCAACCAGGAAGUAAAGUUUCUAUUUUCUGAGGCUCAGAAGUUUAGUCCCAGGCAAAGUAGAGGGGAAGGUGUUGACGAGGCAUCCGAGAAGAGGGGAUCAGAAUCACAGCGCCUGCUGGUGGGAGAGGAUGACGACCCUGAUUCACAGAGGGCGGCGCGCCGACGUGGGCAAGAACGGCGACAAGAGGCCAGAGGGCGAGGAGGACUCGAAAGACAGGAACCCGGAGGAGGAGGAGGACUCCGGGGACUCCAAAGACAUCCGCCUCACCCUUAUGGAGGAGGUGCUGCUCUUGGGACUGAAGGAUAAGGAGGGCUACACGUCCUUCUGGAACGACUGCAUCUCCUCGGGCCUGCGCGGCGGCAUCCUCAUCGAGCUGGCGCUGCGAGGGCGCAUCCAACUGGAGCCGCUCACCAUGAGGAAGAAGAGGCUGCUGGACAGAAAGGUGCUCUUGAAGUCAGACACUCCGACCGGUGAUGUCCUGCUAGAUGAGACCCUCAAGCACAUCAAAGCCACGGACCCUGCGGAGACUGUCCAGUCGUGGAUUGAGCUGCUCACAGGCGAGACCUGGAACCCCUUCAAGCUGCAGUACCAGCUGCGCAACGUGCGGGAGCGCCUGGCCAAGAACCUGGUGGAGAAGGGCAUCCUGACCACGGAGAAGCAGAACUUCCUGCUCUUUGACAUGACCACCCACCCGGUCACCAACCUCACCGAGAAGCAGCGCCUGCUCAAGAAGCUGCAGGAGAGCGUCCUGGACAGGUGGGUGAACGACCCCCACCGCAUGGACAGGAGGACCUUAGCCCUGCUGGUGCUGGCCCACUCCUCGGACGUGCUGGAGAACGUUUUCACCACGCUGGCGGACGACAAGUACGACAUGGCCAUGAACCGGUCGAAGGACCUCUUGGACUUGGACCCCGAUGUGGAGGCCACCAAAGCCAGCGCCACGGAGAUGAUCUGGGCUGUCCUGGCAGCCUUUAACAAGUCCUAACUCCAGGCCGCUUUGCCCUUUUGGUGUAGGAUGGGACCUUUGGAUGGGGAGCUUCCCUGGGCCAGGCCAGCGCGAACUCUGUUCUACACGGCAUGUGGGUUGGACUGAUUUCCACACAUCCCCUCCAACCUACCCGUCUUGGCUGGGGGUGGUUGUGCUGGAAGGAUGAACGACUGUACGCACGUGUCUUCUUCUCACAGGCGUGUGGCCAAAUGAAGGUCUUUGUCUUGGGAGUGGAUUGGCUCCAGGCUCAGCUGGCUCUCUCCUUCAGAGAACGGAGAUGUAGAAUUGCCAUCGGGCCCUCUUUACUCUCCAUCGAUUUCGAAGGAGGGUAGCUUGGGUUGAUGGGGCCUGCUCCGUUCCGGCACUUGGGGCUCAGAUGGAGGGGGAGGGUUUAAGCCACCUGUGCACUGCCAGCACUCCGAGGCUUGUCUGGCUCUUGUGUAAGUGAGAGCAGCCCAGAGGCUGCUCUACUUUAUGCUCUGCUUCCCGUGGCCACCAGCAGGCUCCAAGCAGCAGAGAACCGCUGCCGUGCAGGGUACUCUGGACAUGCUCCUGGUCUCCAGCCUAGGGGACAGGGCUAUUGCAGAGUCCUGAUGCCAUCUCCGCUCUAGUCGGGGAGGAGGGGAUGUUCCCCAUUGCCAGGCCUACUUGUGCUGCCGGAGCAGGGCGACAAGGCUUGGACCCACUGUGCAUCAGGUGGACAGCGUCAUCAAGAGCCAAGUCAGACCUGGUCUGGCAGUCACACCACGGUGCAGUCCCGCUGACUGCCGGUGCGCGCAGGAGUCAGAGAUCCGUGUUGUGGCCUCUCGUGCCAGGCGGACGUGGCUGUCCCUUUACCUAGCGUGCUAGCUUCACGACCUUUCUCGUUCACUUGCUGCUGGGGCAGUUCGGGCCCGAUUCAUGGCCACAAGACUCGGGGUGAAACUCGGUACAGUCACCCCUCAGGAGUUGGGCAGCCGGUUACCAACCCGACGUGGCCUUUCAAGCCGUGUUCGAAAUGACAGAAAUGUCUGUGCACAGAGACUGACCUCCUCUGUCCUGCGUCGUGCCUGGGCCUUCUGGAGUAGGAGAGAGGCCACGGUGCUUCUGUGUUUGGCAUGGGUGCGACGGCUGCUGGCACGUGGGGCCGGAGGCACACGGUUCAAGGCGGAAGUUGAAUUCGAAAGGGCUCAGAGAAGAGUCUUGAGAACGAUUAAAGGGCUAGAAAACCUG